AUGUACGAACAUGAGCCAGAAGAACGGACUGAUGAACAGGAGGUAGUAGUCGUCGAUCAAACCCCCACACGAGAGCAGCGCCAAGCUGCACGACGCGCAGAGAAGUUCGAAAGAAGAGCCAUAAGAAACCGCAUAGCCCAUCUCCACCAACUCCUCGCACGCGCGAGGGAAAAGGCAUACGCGGCACAUUACCGGGCGGCUGAUCUGAGCAAACAAGUCGAAGAGGAACGGCCAUCCCUCAUCGAGGCCUUGCUUCCACACGAAAACCGCAAAGCAGCAAGAUCGAAACAAAAAGCCAGAACGCACCACAAAGAGCUUCUUGACCGGUUCUUCAGACUGCCGAGAGAGAUCCGCGAUCUGGUAUACCACCACGCCUGGAGUGGCACGAUGAUAUCCUUCUACCAAGAGUUAACCUGGAACUUCGCGGAGCACGAUACUAUCCCCUCUGGCCCUAUCAUUACGGCUGAGUAUUCAUCUACUGGUACAUACAUAGCUAGCCAGAUACAGCUACCGCCAUGGGAUCUUGCAGAACUAGAGACCGGGGACACGUGCAAGGGACCUAGACACGCGCAAGAGUACGCGUGGAUAUGGACUAGCCAGCAGAUCUUCUCGGAGUCUACGGAGCAGUUUUAUCGCUACACCCAGUUCACACGGCCUCGCCGGGCUGAGCGUCACUACUAUCACACGUGCGCGCACAUUGUUCCACGGCGCAAAUUGUACCAGUCGACAUACGCUUUUCCAAAUAUCCUCCUAGCACGCCACGUAUUGCUCGAUGUGGGAUACGAAGUAUGCCUUGAAGUCGCCAACGAUGGUUUAUCGGCCUCGAUCCUGGAACUGCUGGCUAUGGCGAGAAAGGGUGAAGAGAAGAAGGCGCUGCAGGUGAGUUGGAUACGGAAUAUGGCGGACACACAUUCGUUUCAUCUUAGGGAUCUGGUUCCGGCGAGUACGCCUCACUCUAUGGCUAGUAGAGCGUUCGAGGAGCUUGUGUUAAAGGAUUUGGAGAGGGUUGGCUGGGAGAUUACGGUUGAUGAAGAGCAAAAUCCAUAUAACGGUUCGGCGGACUCGUAG